UUCAAGCAAAUAUGCUAAUGAUAAAAAAGGCGUGAGCAGCAAAAUAUUACUAGAAAGAUAUACAUUGCUCAAAAAAUAAACACAGAACGCAGCACAUUUAGUUUUUACGCGUCUGUGUUUCGGUGGCUUAAGAUUAUUAAACGUUCAUAUUAGCACUAUGUUGCUACGGAAGUAGCCAAAGUGUUAAACCCGCACGCAGCCUGUUUCAACCGUCAUUCAGCCUGAGCUGACGGUGUCGCAUUGAACUCCUCCAGCCUGUCCACUGUCAUCAUGGCCUGUGUUGAAACAUCCUCCAGCAGGCCCUACCACCUGGUCGUCUUCGGAGCCUCUGGCUUCACAGGACAGUUUGUGGUGGAGGAGGUGGCCCGGACUGUUUCCGAGGGUCCGAAGGGGAACCUGAAGUGGGCCGUGGCCGGCAGAAGCAAGCAGAAGCUGGACAAAGUCCUGGAGCAGGCCGCUGGAGUCCUCAGUAAGCCAGAGCUGAGGACAGAGGUGGACAUCAUCGUGGCAGAUGUAGAGGAACCAGACUCCUUGGCAGCCAUGUGCAAACAGGCAGUUAUUGUUCUCAACUGUGUGGGGCCUUACAGGUUCUAUGGUGAGCCAGUGGUCAAAGCCUGUGUGGAGAAUGGAGCCCACCAUAUUGACAUCUGUGGAGAGCCUCAGUUUCUGGAGGGCAUGCAGUUGAACUACAACAGCCAGGCAGCUGACAAUGGUGUGUACAUCAUAGGCAGCUGUGGAUUUGACUCCAUUCCUGCGGACAUGGGAGUCCUCUACACCAGGAACCAGUUCAAGGGUACACUAACUGCAGUGGAGAGCUUCCUGACCGUCAGCACAGGGGCUGAGGGUGGAUGUAUCCACGAUGGCACAUGGCAGUCAGCCGUCUAUGGUUUUGCAGACGGCCAAAAGCUUCAGAGUCUUAGGAGGAAGUUUAAUCACAAACCUCUCCCUACUGUUGGCACUAAGAUUAAACGCAGGGGUUCAUUGUUCUACAGCAAUGAGAUCCAGCAGUAUACGGUGCCCUUUAUGGGCUCCGAUCCCUCCGUUGUCAAGAGAAGCCAGCGCUUCCUGGUGGAGGAACAUCAGGCCACACCGGUUCAGUAUGGCGCGUAUGCAGGCAUUGGAGGCAUUGGAAACAUUAUCAAGUUGAUGUUUGCUGGCAUGAUGUUCUGGUUCUUAGUCAAGUUCAGUUUUGGCCGCAACCUGCUCGUCAAGCACCCAGAAUUCUUCUCUUUUGGACUCUUCUCCAAGGCUGGACCCACUAAGAAGCAGAUGGAAGGCUCAUCCUUCCGGUUUGCCCUCUAUGGAGAGGGAUACACAGAGGGACAGGACCCCAGCCAGGGAAAACCUGAUGGCAAGAUUCGCACACUGGUUCAAGGACCAGAGUGUGGAUAUGUGGCCACGCCCAUCGCCAUGGUACAGGCUGCUCUAACAAUCCUCAACGAAUCCUCAGCCUUGCCCAAGAAGGGAGGAGUGUACACUCCAGGAGCUGCUUUUGCAGAAACCACACUGAUUGAACGCCUCAACAAGCACGGCAUCCAGUUCUCCGUCAUCUAAAGUUUGUGCCCUCUCUGAUGCCGUACUCCAGGUUUUUCUCAGCACUUACGUAGUAUAUGCAGAAUAACAACUGGAAAGUUUCCAACUUUAGAAGAGCGCUAUUUCAUCAUCAGAGCCUUCACUAGGGAUGGAAGACACUUUCAGAUUAAAUUCUAACACAAUUCUUAACGAUACUUUCCGCAUUUAUCCUUUUUCGAUUAGUCGGAAACUUGCCAGUCUCCCUUUGGCUUGAAUGUAACAUUACUAUUAACUCUCUGCUUGCAAGACAAAUAGCACAACUGCGGCAGCUUUUCCAAGCCAAGGACGGUGGAGAGAUGGUUGCGCGGAUAAGAGUUUAGCACAGUCCAUCGCUAAAAUGAUUAUUUCUAAUGGAAAAAAGGAUUUAUUCCAGGAUUUAUUCCAGGAUUUGGUUUAGAUCAUGUCUCUAAACCCAAACAAAAAAUUAAAAUGUAAUUUAUAUUUGUACCUCACUCGAUUGAAAAAGGUUCAUUACCAGUCCUCCUUUUGCCAAUGUAGGCUUCAGGUAAUAAAAGAGAAAACAUGACGCUGUUCCUGUUAUCAGAGCAAAUUGGUUAGUGACAGACAAAUUAUAGUGUGAUCAAAUGAACAAAUUAUCUAAUGAUGCAAACAGGAUAAAAAUUGGCCUUCCUUAGUUGCCACACCCUCAUGAUGCAGUCUGUCUGUGGUUUAGUCACACAGGAAUGGAUUGACAUGAGUUAAAAAAUCUCAAUCUUUAUUAGUUCUGUCUCUGUAAUAUACAGUAGCUUCAUAUGCACAAGCACAUUGCUCCCUAAGUAGCACUAGCAAGGUAGUUGUGCUUGUGGUGUUUUGGUUCAGUGGAGUGAAACCGUCAGUAGAGAAUAGGAGCCUGCUGUGUGUGCACGUACAUGCUUGCCUCUCCUGGCCUCGCCUGCUAGUCGAAGUCCUGAUCGCUUGGUUUUUGACAGUUAAUGGUUGGACUAUCACUAGGUCGUCCUACUUUCUUGGAUGUUUAUUUUUUGUAGCAACAACUCACUUAUCCAGAUGUUUGCUUUUGAGCCUUGUCAGAAAAUGCAUCCAGUCGUCUGUACACAAAACAGCACGAGUUACCAUGAAACUGAAUGCAUCGUCUCUGCUGUUUAGUUAACAUGUGUGCGUGAAAAGUUCGUUUUUUGUUUUUUAUUUUUAUCCGAAGGUCUUGUCGCUCUUACGGACUGGAAUUGUUCUACGAUGUGAUGUUAUCUCAGUCCAGACUUGUUUUUGACUUGUGUUUGAGUUUGUGGGUGUUAGUGCACGUGACAGGCUAUGUUUUGGAGUUUUGUCUGUGGUUUGGUUUGCUUUGCUUUGUGUUGGCCUCCUGAAUAAAGCCAAAUCUGCUAACAGCCA